CUUCUCCAAAAUGGCCAAGUACUCGGGAAAGAAGUGCCGCCUGCUCUCGAUGAUGUGGCUGACGGCGUUCUUCUUCUUCGUGGAGAUCAUCGUGGGCUAUGUGACCAACUCGAUGGCCCUGGUGGCAGACAGCUUCCACAUGCUGGGCGACAUCGCCGCCCUGGUCAUAUCUUUUCUGUCCGUGAAGAUGUCACCGAAAAAGUGGUCGAAGAACACCUUCGGCUGGGCCAGGGCCGAGGUACUGGGUGCCCUGGUCAACGCUGUUUUCCUGGUGGCCCUCUGCUUCAGCAUCACCAUCGAGGCCUGCAAGAGAUUCAUUGAGGAGGAACCGAUUCACGAGCCCGAGCUGCUGGUCAUCGUGGGAGCUCUGGGGCUUCUGGUGAAUGUGAUUGGACUGUGUCUGCUUUACGAGCACGGUGGCCAUCAUGGACACUCGCACGGCGGAGGUCUCACCCGCAACCACAGCCGCCUCACUGAGCUGGCCAACAUGGACGAGGGCGAGGACGAGCAGAACGACUACGCCUACGAGAAGCAAAAGGAGAAGGCGCCGGUGAAGAAGUCCAGCCACGGGCACAGCCACGAUCCCGGCCAGAUGAACAUGCGCGGCGCCUUCCUGCACGUCCUGAGCGACGCCCUCGGCAGCAUCAUCGUGGUGAUCAGCGCGGUGGUGGUGUGGAAGACCGAGUGGACGUACCGCUACUACAUGGACCCCGCCCUGUCCAUCGUGCUGGUGGUGCUCAUCCUCCACUCCGUGUGGCCGCUGCUGCGCGAGUCCGCGCUGAUUCUGCUGCAGACGGUGCCCACGCACAUCCAGGUGGACGCCAUCCAGAAGCGGCUGCUGGAGAAGGUCGACGGGGUGCUGGCGGUGCACGAGUUCCACGUCUGGCAGCUGGCCGGCGACCGCAUCAUCGCCUCUGCGCAUAUCAGGUGCCGCAAUCUCUCGGAGUACAUGAAGAUUGCCGAGAAGGUGAAGGAGUUCUUCCACAACGAGGGCAUCCACUCCACCACCAUCCAGCCGGAGUUCAGCGAGAUCGAGGGCUGCAACAUGUCCGACGGCACCUCCAGCAUCAACAUGAGCGGCUCCGACUGCUGCGCCCUCGACUGUCCCACCACGGAUGAGGGCUGUGUCAAGGCCACCUGCUGCCAAAACAACAACAAAGUGAACCAACUGCCCUCGCCCACCAACUCGCCCUACUUGUGCCGCCAGCGCAACGCCGCCCGCCAGGCCGGCGAUGUGGAGGCGGGUUCCCUGCUGGAGGCCGCGUCCGGCGGCAGCCAGGGAGCUUCCGGAGGCGGCUCAGCAGGAGCGCCCGCGUCAGCGGCUGCGGCGACGUCAGCGCCGAAGAGCGAUUUGGUCUGACGACAGCCACAGCAGGCGCCGCAACAUGUACACUUUGCCACGACCAAAACGGAGACCGCAGCAACCGCAACAGCAGCAGCAAACGCAGCAUCAACAGCAACAUCAAUACGUGAUAUAAUGUACGAGCCAAGCGCCAACAACCAAGUGGCUUCCAGCGCACAAGUGGGCGGUCUCCUCGGCCUGUCGGUAACCGCCCAGCGGCGCCGGGAGCUGCAGUUGCAGGCCGAGCAGCAGUUCCAGGAGCAGGUGUCGCCACUGAGCACCCGGAACGGCGACGAGGUGGCCCUCUAAUCAGGAGCCUAGUUUAGCGUUAGUUGUGCUUACCGCUGCAAUGGAGACUGGUCUGCCCCGGUGCAGCGUUCGUGUUUUUAGUGUUUGUAUCAUUAUUUGUUCUUAGUGGAAUUUAGGCAUAAACGAGAGUGGAGGACGGGAGCGCUGUGCUGACCACUGAGCUAGUUUAGUUAAAGUAAAAUCAAAAGAGAAAUACACACGAUUAUCUAAUAGUGCAGAGGACACAAAGUUUAAUGGAAAAUGCAGUUAAUAGGGACGUCAUUCAUAUACUAUAUAGUAUGUUAAAAUAUUCGAUCUUAGUUAGUUGCAUUAGUGUAAGUCGAUAAGUGAGCCCAACCAACAGAGAAUACAUAUGUACUACGUUUUUUACAUUUUGAGAAGUUUAUACCGACGUGAAUUAAAUUAUUGUAUUCAAUAGUUAACUACGGAUUAGCUAAUGAAACACAGAAACACAGUUUACAAAAUACAUAGGCACGAGCACCUGCGAGUGUUUGUGCAUGGUUAGGCAUAGUCCUUUAAUCUUAGUAGGUUUAAUGCUAUCUGUAAAUGAAUGUUUUUACCACAAACGAGAAACUAGUUUCUAUUUAAUUUUAAUCAAAUCGAACUUUAUAAUGACUAUAUUAAAUGCAACCGUCAUGUAUUAUUUUAUGAUCUGCAUUGAUUUUCUCCUGUAUAUGUUUGUAAAUAAACGCCAAACAUAAUCAGUCAA